AUGACGGAGCACAAAGGCACGGCGUUUGCUCACUCGUGCAUUAAGAUGCCGGUCGACCCAUACAGUCGACAGCCAACGCCAAUGUACGAGAGGCCAAGGCCCAGCUCUAGCAGUAGGAUGUCAACAUCGGACAAACCACUGACCAAGGCAUUCUGCAAAUCUCAAGGUUUCGACGACAGAUCGGCCAAAGCGCCUCGGGACGAAUGCACCAGUGUACUGGAAUUCAUAGAAAGCAUACCAGUCUACGAAGAGGUGCAUCGCUUGUCAAACGAGCAAUUUAAACAGCGACUCGAUUACUUGAAACGUAAACAGCGAUUGCUGCUGAAAAAUUUGCGUAAUUGCUUGGAGGAGGACGAGAACAUUGAACCUAGUACCUCGAGCGACACCAAAUGUAAAAGCGAAUUGAAAACUAAUUCAAGUACUGCUUGUAGCGCAAGUCUUAGCGACGAAUUCACUUUGAAAGGCAAGCAAUACAAUCUCGAAGAGUCAAGCUGUUACAGUCCUCUACUCUACCCCGAGGGUAGUUUCUCUUGUUUGGCGGAAGAUCAAGACUUUCUCACUUACAGAUGCAAAGACCGUGACAAGGCGGCAAAAACACGUACAAACGAGGAAAUCCUGUCGUCAAGUAAGUGCUGGAGUUCGAGCAGUGAGUCGAAAACUCCGGAGACCGAUGAACUUGAGGAUAACAAAUUUGAGACGAAGAGUUUGCCUCCCCACAGUCCAAAACGCUGGCACCCCACGCUUCCCAAACCCUUCAGUUUGGCACUCAGGGAUCACAGUAAGAAGUAUAUGUCGAUGGCAGAGCAACAAGUAAGGGCGGAGGAAGAGAACGACCGCAAGAAGGUUUCAGCCAAAAAACGCCGUAUAAGACCUGUCCCUUUGACGUCCAAAAUUCUUCUCUACGAUAAACUCAUGGCUGAGAAAGAAGAAAGAAGCCGAAUAGUACGAGAAGAGAGUGUGCUGAACCUGAUGUCGCAAAUUCGUCCGUUCAAACUUGAGUGUGAAAAACGAGCACUCAGGGCACUAACGCGUUCCAGUCCGGAAUUAAGCUCCGGCAGACGUUCGCGUUGCGGCACAAGGUUUCGAGCCAGACCCAUGCCCAGAUCUCUCUUCAGCACUGAAGUAUACGAUCGCAUGAUCGAGGAUGAGUAUUUUCGGAACUUACAAAAGCGCAUUAGAUCAAUGGACUUGCUGAAAUCGUCGUCGUUGCCCCCAUCAAUGGCCCAACGCGACCGCGUCAAAUCAAAGAUCAGCGCGCGUUCGCAGAAAAGCUCAUCGGGAGAGCGAGCUCGAAGCGCUUGCAGUCGCGACUCCGUCGCUUUGAGUCGUGGCACACCCCUCACGUCCGAACACUCCAGAUCCUCGGCAAUGACCAGCACUUUACCUCUACAUGGCAACAAUCUCGCCGCAAUUCUUAGAGCUCAAGCUGCCAGGGAGAAGAUGGAGCGCGACAUUCAGAAGCGUUUAGAAGAGAAACGCUCUGAGCAAAUGGUGCGAUUGCGAAAGUCUUUGAUUGGGCGGAAGCCAGCUUGGAGAGCACUGCGAUCUGCCGCUAGGCAUGAGCACGAGCGGGACCUGGACUUUCGAGCGUCGCUGAGGCGGGAUGAGGCACGAGAGCAAGCUGAACGGCAUCGGCUGCAGAUGGAACUGAUGCUCGAUCGUGUCACGCAAAUACCCACGCUAUUCGAGCGAUACUCCCAGAGCUGCCACUCGCCGCCCCAUCACAAGCCUAAAACCUGUCGCUCAUCGAGGAAAAAAAAGAAAAGAGCAUCUUCGGCUGGAUGUAAGAGAGUGUCGUCGGGUAGCAUCGACUCGUACACGAGCUUUGCCAGCAGCUCAAGGCCGAAUUCAGGUUCAAUCAGCAGCUCUACGGGUACGUUGAUGUCGGCCGCUCGUUCAUCUGCUUCCGGUUACUCAACUAACAAGACCACACCAAAGUGUUACACGAGUGCUACCGAAAAAAAGAAGGUGUCCAUCAACGAGACAGCUGAGCUCAUCGAAGACGUGAGAUAUGACGAUUACGAGGACGAGGAGACAUAUUCCGUCGACUCGGCGUACAGUCGGGCACUUGAGGAACACGAGAAGCGCGAUUUACAGAAGGACGACGGGCACGCAAAUGAUAAAGAUGUGGCUAACGAGAAAAAAUAAUCGAUAUCAAACUUCAGUAUUCAGUAAC